AUGUUCCACUUAGUCAAGCGAAGCAUCACAAAGUGUCACUCAAAGUCGGCAAUUUACCAGCUUGCCUUCAAGUGCUUCUCCGGCGACGCAAACACCCUCAAGCGAACUGCUCUCUACGACUUUCACGUGAAACAUGGCGGUAAAAUGGUGCCUUUUGCCGGCUAUGAAAUGCCCGUUCUCUACACCGGAGACCUCUCCAUUCGUGACUCACACCUGCAUACCAGAGAGAAGGCGUCUCUCUUUGACGUCUCACACAUGCUUCAGCUGAACAUCACCGGCAGCGAUAGAGUCCGCUUCUUUGAGUCACUCGUUGUAGCCGAUGUGAGUGCUCUUGCCACAAACGGCGCCUCUCUGACUCUCUUCACCACCGAGAAAGGCGGCAUUAUUGACGACCUGAUUGUGACCAAGAAGAGCGACAAUCUCUACGUCGUCUCGAACGCCGCUCGAGCCGCUGAAGACUUGAAGCACCUCCAGAACGCUAGAGAAAAGUUUGUAAAGCAGCACCCAAAUGCCGAUCUGUCCAUGUCAAUUUUGGCCGAUUUUAGCCUCCUGGCACUGCAGGGCCCUCACUCGGAGGCAGUGCUGCAGCCAGCAGUUAACUGUGACCUGCGUUUGCUGAAAUUCAUGAACGGCAUUGACGCCAACUUUGAUGGAGUUCCAAUUCGAAUCACACGCUGCGGAUACACUGGUGAGGACGGCUUUGAGUUGUCGAUUCCCAACAAGCAGGCAGUCAGUGUGGCUGAGCGACUGCUACAGUCGGAGAGCGUCAAGUUGGCUGGUUUGGGCGCCCGAGACUCGCUGCGAUUGGAAGCUGGUCUGUGUCUCUAUGGCAACGACAUCGACGAGAGCACCACUCCGAUUGAGGCCGGUCUUGCCUGGACCAUUGCCAAGCGAAGGAGGGCAGCUGCCGACUUCCCCGGUGCUGAGAUCAUUUUGCGGCAGCUUAAGGAGAAGCCAAAACGGCGUCGAGUGGGUCUGGUGGCAGUGUCCAGUGGACCGCCUGUUCGGGCGCACUCCAAGAUCUACUCCAGUUCAUCUAGCACCGGUGGUAGUGCCGAGGGAGAGGUGAGCAGUGGAUGUCCGGCACCUUCUCUGGGCCGCAACAUAGCAAUGGGCUACGUGCCUGCCUCACUCGCCAAAGUGGGCACCAAGGUGUACUGUGAUGUGCGCGGCAAGCUAUACGAGUACGAAGUGGCCAAAAUGCCCUUCAUCCCUAGCCACUACUACCUGUAG